AUGUUAUGCUUUAAAUAAAUUAUAUAAUUCUAUAAAAAAUACGAUACUUUAAAAAAGCUAAUUUACUUAAAGCACAUCAGAAUCUAGUGUGAAAUAAAGUAAAGUCAAAUUAUUUUUGGUGAAAGAUAAUUCCUACUAUCAAAUUAGAAAGUAAACUUCCUGAUGAUAUUAAAAGAAAAUAAAUUGAUCUCCUUUGAUAAAGAAAAAAUAUUGAUGGCAUUGCUAUAUAAUUAACUAAAGAACUACGACUGCAACUCCUUAUCUUUAAAUUUAUAAAUCGAAAGAUUUGAUAAAAACUAAGACAAAUAAAUGUGGCUAAAUAAUUUGAUUGCAAUUAUUAUAACCAUAAUCUUAUUAGAUGCCGAAUAUAAAAUGAUCAAAUAAAAAUUUAAUGUAUGA